AUCACUCUGGCUUUGUCAAAAUGGUUAGAACAUAGUAUUUCCACUAAUGAGCACGAAGGGAUACGGUUGACAGAGAAAGGACUUCAGCUGACUGUGGUGGUGGCCCAUGGCGAGGCAUGUGAGAUUCCAUCCGCAAGGGCAGAGGUUACACUCCGGGGUCAAGAUUUCAUUUGCGUCCAUGCAAAGAACAUUAUUUGUUCUGGAGGAUGGUAUGCCAAACACCUUUCCAUCACCUUCGCUGAGAUCGUACUUCAAACGGACAAUACUCUGGAAAUUAAAGAACGACUCAAUCUGAUUUGCACCAUGGCAGAAUAUCUCCACUUGGAUCCUUCCUCACUCGCGCUCAUCUCAGUCGGAGAUUCCCUAAAUAAAUAUUUUCGGAAGCUAACCGUAUUGGCUGAAGGUCUCAGAUACAUCAACUCCACAAAAAGGCAUCAUGUUGGACUCUGUUGGCCAGUUGGCUACGGGGUGUUUGCAAUGCUGUCUGAAUUGGUGCGAGUUCUGAGGCACAAUGUUGAAUCCAACAAUCUCUCGCGGCUCCUGGGCUAUGAAAUUGUCGGCUGGAGAGUCCUUAAACAAGGCUAUGAAAAAAGGAACCCCAAGAAGAUUUGGCAGAAGAGAAAAAUGUCCACCCCAAAGCCCACAUGGAUACCAAGCCAAACGAAGAAGUCCACCGUUUUGAUAGCUGCUGUGCCAGAGACAAAGUCUGAAGCAAGUUCAUCACUUGUCAAUAAAACCACUUUCUCUGUUACCCAUCCUUACGCGGACCUCAGUACACAACCUGUAAUGGUCAAUGUGGAUUUGGAGAGCCUUCAGGUCUCCAAAUCUACCUUGUUUCAUUACCUCUCUUCUGAACUUUCGCCUUCCUUGAUGCUAAGCUCCACAGAAUUUGAGGAGAAAGGGACUUUUGAAACCCCACCAAUAUCAGAGCAUCUACUGUAUGGACCCUCACUAGAUACUGCAACACAAGGGGAUUUCCCCACGACUCAAAAAUCUGAGCCGAAGUAUAAUUCCACGUUCUAUUACUUCAGCUUGUUCAUACCUAUGACCAAAAAUUAUUUCUCCAACUCUGUUGGCCAUCCAAGGGACAUUUUAUCAGAAGAAAUGCCUUCUACCCCAUCGUCUCCAGAACCUCUCUCAGGAGAAUUAAGAAAUCUAAGUGACCAUAGCCCGUUCAUUCAUCGAACGAUGUCUGGAUUUAAAUUUGGAGAGAUCAUUUCUAUAAUCGAACUUUCUCUGCCUUCCAUGGCAACCUUAGCAUAUUUAAGGAUAUCAUGGUCAUCUUCUGAACUGUCAUUCUCUAGUGAUGCAAUCUCUCUGAUUUUCCUACAUGAUAGCUAUUGGAAUCCAAAAUUACUUAAUGUCGACAGUUCUGUGUCAGAUACUUUUAUGACAUUAACACCGAUAAAGCAGACGGACCUUUCCGAAUGGAUCAAAAGCUCCAUCUUGACCAACACCCCAUCUAUAUUUGAUGCUCUCGUUACAGAUUUUCACCCCAAACUUGGUUCUCUACCCAAUGCAUGCCCAUCAACUCAAUUGUAUUGCUGGGAUAAUGUUCCAACUUCAUCAAAACGUUCCACAGAUAGGUUGAACAACAACACUUUAUUCUCCAGUAAAACUCUACUAACAUUUAGCCUCCUGACUAAAACAAUUAGCAACCCCGUGCUUUCCCCUUCUUUCUCAUCAGUUUCAGUGGAAUUGACAUUAUUGUUUGGAUCUGGUAAUAUAUUCCCUAUGGAAAAAUUGCCCGACAGAAGACAGGUUAGCUCAGAUGGAAUGAACCCCGGUGAAUCUUUUGCAACUAUUCCAUUGACCUACAGAUUUGUUACGACAGGAAACAGUGUCUUAGUAGUUACGAAAACUGAAAUGGACACCUCCCUUCGGAUAAAAGGAACAACUCUGUUUUAUAUCACAACAUCCAGUGCUGUUAUCUUAAGCAGCGGAUUCCUUCGUCAAGGAGAGAGAUCUCAUAGAAAAAGCCAGGCACUGGAAUGGCUCUCUUGCGGAUCUAUAUGGAUUACUCCCCCUCUAGAACUUGCUCAUACCUCCAGUUUUCAUUUUUCUACAAAUCAGUGUGACUCUAUCCACAAUUUAGUUCGAACGCCAGUGAUAGAAUCCGAUGCUUUGCCAUUGGAUACCAACGAUUUAAGUUUGGGAAGCUCGUUUGGAACCAAAACGAAUGUCCAAAUUACAAAGGAUGUUGUCUCAAAAUCGAAAGAAGCGGUCAUUGUUUUCAGCCACAUAGGAGUAUCUGUGGAGAAUGGACUUCCUGCCACUACUCUGUACCAGAAAACACAAGGUCAGCCAAACACUCCUCCCAGAGUCAUUCACGUCAUUAAGUGGAUCGCAGCCACGGUCGGGCACGAGUUCUCGUUUUUAAUACCGCCAGAAACAUUUCAUGACCAAGAAGACGGGGAUUCAACUCAGCUGACCCUCGGAAUGAUCCCCGUCGACGGCUCCCCGACAGAUCUGGAAAGCUGGUUACAAUUUAACGCCCGGGAUCGAAGUAUGUAUGGUUAUCCGCUUGCUGCUGAUUUCCAGUAUUCCCCUCAAGAGUUUGUACUCUUUGCCACAGACUCGGGAGGAUUAAAGACCGAAGAUAAAUUCGUCGUACAAAUAUUCAAGCCAGCUAUUAUCCCGUGCCACGUUUAUACGGUCAUCGCGACAAAUAGCUACCACUCGUUCCUAAAAAACAGAACAAGGAUUCACUUCUUUUUCAAGAAACUUUCCGAUUAUUUGUUGGCGGAGAGCCCUGCGGAUGUGGUUCUGCUUCAUCUCAAAACUGGGUCCGCCGUGUUCACGUGGUACAACAAAUCGUUGUGCCCAAAGACUGAGGAAUGUGCAAGAGAUGACAUCCAGCAUGUGCUCACCAAACUAGGAAGGCCCGGGGAAGACGUCCAUCCAGAUUUCGCGGAAGCCAUGUUGCCAGAAUUCAAAAUCGAACAGAUCGGAGAAGUGGCGUAUGCUGGGAUUUGCUCGUCCGCGACAAACCCAACGAACGAGUCUGAAGUGUUCAACAGGACUGUCACUGGAUUUAACGGCGGCAACUGUUGGAUAACAAACGCUCUCACGGCCUUGUUAAUUGCUGUAUGUUCCACAACUUUAGUGUUCCUAAUUGUUGUCCAUUGUCAGAAGUAUCACAAGAAAACGUUUCAACCACUGUGUUCACUUUCCUGUGGCCACAUUGACUUCAAUAUGGACAUGCCGACAUUGCGCCAAUCUCCUCCAUUGGAACAGGAUGUUCCUCCAUUAACUCGGUUACCGUUACCCGUGUCAAUGGGUUUCCAACAGCGUUCCUUCAGGCCGCAUCAAGCUCUGGUGAUCACAAGGCUUCCAUCCCCUCCAAAAUAUAGACUUCCGCCAUUGUAUGGAAGACAGGAUCCCGGAUGACCCCACUCACUCGUUCCAAUACAAGUCUGUUCUCAUUUAUUUAUUAAAGUUAUAUGCUGCUCUGUCUCGUGAUCCAAAGCGAGUCUAUAUAAAAGUCUAUCUGGAAUCUGUA